CGGAAGGGAACGGCCCGACACCGGCACACACCGACCUCCCGGGACCCCAAACCCCCUCCCGGGACCCCAAACCCCCUCCCGGGACCGCCGCUCCUCCCGGGCGCUGCCAGCAGCUGCCGGCAUGGGGAACAUAACUUGUGUCCCUCAGGCCCCCGGGGGGUUCAGAAACUCUUUCCGACGGAAGCCCUCGCUGAAAAAGGAACAAGCUGACAAGAAAAAACUGCCCAGGUUUUUUGGUAUAGAAGGAGGGCAGGAGAGAGAUACGACCACAGACAAAAUCCUGCAAUAUAUUCCAGGAAAGAAUAUUGAGAACCAGGAAAACCAGAAAGAAAACUUGGACCAGAGGUUCCCCAGCCUGUUCAAGAAGGGAAGAAGGAAAACAGUUGUCAGGAAUCUGGGAAAAAUGAUCUAUUACUCCAAGGUCAAGUUUAAAUUUCAGCACUGCCAGGAGGUGAAUGACUGCUUCUUGGAGCUGUUCCAGUCCUACCUGUACUUCCAGUCUGUGGGCUCCAACGGACUCACCUACCAGGGACUGCUGCCUUUGAAAGAGCUGAAGGUGUGUGAAAUAGAGACUGGGCAGGGCCCUGGGCAGCAGGAGCACGCGCUCCACAUUGCAGGUCCUCAACUGAAUCCCCUUAUCGUGUUCUGCCCGACUGAGUCAGAGCUGAAGCAGUGGCUUUAUCACCUGGAGAAACAGAUCCAGCUCAAUAGAAGCCUUGGCUUGUCCUUCCUCUCUCAGAAUGACUGGAAGCAGAGCUCCAUGGAGAAGGAGGAGCUGCGGUGGUCUGUGCAGAACAUGCCUGUCCAGGAGUGGAGAGGGACCCAGCGGGAAUCCCUGGGUGAUGUCCUCUGUGUUUCCAAAGUGAAGCUUCAGCAUCUGCCUUUCCAGGAGCAGCAUGACCGGCUGUUGGUGCUUUACCCAUCCACGCUGGUGAUAGUCUCUGAGGAAGGCAACAGCCUCUUCUUUAAGGGCGAGCUGCCACUCAACGCCAUCCAAGUGCUUUUUGAAGAAAACGAGAAAACCUCCUUUUUAAUCGAAGGGCGACUAAUCAAUUCGAUCCGGGUGAUCUGCCGCAGCUAUGACGAUUACCAGGAGUGGCUCUACUGCCUCAAAACAGCCCAGUUUCGAAAUGCCGACUCCUCCCUCUCUGGAUCAGAGAGUUUCUCAGGAUCAAAGCUGCCCCACCCCAGCCAGUUUGCUGGCAGUGGGAGAGGGUCGCUCACAUCUGAUGGCCGUACAAACUCCUGGGCCUCGGGAGGCAGAGUGCCCACCUUGACACACCUCUCCCAGAACAGCGGCUCCCUCCCUGAUGGACACUCCUUCGUGCUGAUGCCUGAGAGCAGAGGGCUUGAAGAAUCCCUCUCCCCUGGCUAUUCCCAGCCUUUCCAUUGCCUGGCACAAACCAUCUGGCCAAGCACAGGGCUGCCCAUGCAGGACCUGCGAAGGGGAAGCAGCGCCAGAAAGUCCAAGGAGAAGUGUGGGCCUUGUGGCCAGCAGCUGCCCAGCCAGGACGUGGAGAGGACCAUCCAUAGGCUCGUUUCUGAACCCCCCCCUGGAGACCUGCUGUACCACGAGCCCUACGCAGCACACAGCGCGCAGCACCGCCGGGCAGCUCCCCCGCCACACCUGGACCUCAGCAGUCUGAACAGAUGGAGCUUGGUGGGAAGUCAGCCCUCGACAGCUUCCAGCUCCCUGGAGAAGCCGGCCGUGCCCCACUCCCCCUCCUACGCUGACCCCUACACUCCCAGCUCCCCUGGUGCUCGCAGCCUGGCCGGCUCCAGCUUCCUGGAAGAGUUCCUGCAGUGUCAUGGACAGACGGGCUCAGCACAGGGGAACAGGUGCCCAUCCCUCCCGGGACCCCAGCACCUCUCCCUGCAGAGGAGGAGCUGCCAGCCCAGCAGUCACUGCAGAGACCUGCCUGCACCUCCCAGUCACAGCACCUCCUGCCGCCUCCAGCUGUUGCCUUCUGAUGCUUCUUAUCUUGAAGAUGCCUCUUCUCUGCAAGAGGAACAUCUGGGCCCUUCGUUGCAGCCACGAGGUGGGAAUUUCAGCCCUUACGACCUGCCAGGCUCCAGCAGCUCGCACCGCGACUCGGCAGCCUACCAUGACUAUGCUGAGCUCCAGAGCUUCCAGAGUGACUUCAGCUAUGACAACCUGUGGGAAGCUGAGGGGAAGGAGCCAGACACCCCACACACCUCCCCAGCUCCUGGCCAACAGUUUUACCAGGUCUGAGGGAAGGAACCCACAGCCAAGCACAGAAGAGCCCCCAGGGCUCUUUUCUCACUGGGCUCCCCUCCAGAGUGAGGAGCCUGGGACAUACAAAGCAAAAGGAAGGGCCCCGCUCUGCCAAAGGCUGGUUCUCAUGUCCUGGCAGGUCCAGAGUUUAAACUUCUUCCCUAAAUCUGAGGAUGGGGCUAAAGCUCAAAAGCAAGAGCCUCUGCAGACCCAGAGGAGCAGCAUGUGUGCCCUGCUAAGGAGCUUGCUCUGCCGCUGCCCUGGCUAGGGAACAGCAUUGCCCCCUGAAAAUAAAAGGAAGAACAAAAAGCUGGUCAGGCUCCCUCAGAUCAAAGGGACUGGGUGUUCAGACAGAGCAGUCACUCAAAGGCCAAAGAAAAGGGCUGGGGUUUGGCUGGGUUAGUUUGAUCAUCUUCCUUUUUACCAGAACCCUCAGGCUGGUCACUUGGAAGAUCCACUGAUCCCUGAGAAUAGCUGUUAAGCCAAACCUCCCCCCAUUGAGCUCUGAAGCCUGCAAAGAUGUAUGAGACAUGCCCCAUGGUGGUCUAUAAGGUUGGCAGCAAGAGCUGAGCUCAUGGGAUUGUCUUCCUGAGAGGCCAGAGUUAUCUGAUGGAGAUGGAGGGGAAAACCCAGAUCUGGGCAGAAUGGGAUCUUCUUUCCACUUUAUGCAAAAAAAAUCUUUCUUGCCAGUCCUGGCUCCAAACCAUGGUGGUGACCUGCAAUAUUAUGAGCCUGCCACCUUGGCAGAUGGAACCAAGAACUGUACUGCCAGCAAAUACGCCAAGUGGCUUGUGUUUACCAAGGUCUUCCCUGGCAAGGAUGUCCUAGAUUCCUCCUACAGGACUGUGUCCUUUCCUCCCACCCCUCUGCACCUUACUGGACUCCCACAAAAUGCUGCCUAUGAGUAUCUGGGCAGGGAGGGAAGGAAAAAUAUUAACUACAAGCCAAACUCUAGUACAGCCAUAACACUCCAGUGAUCAGAGCAGUGUCAGUGUGUGCUGCAACCUCUCUUCCCUUCUCCAGAGCAGCAAGACCAGGACACAAACAACAAGGGACAAGAGUCUCAGUUUUCCAUUCUCUUAGGUCAGAUCCUUUAGCACAUAUAAGGUCAGCAGCAAAUCCAAAUGUUUUUACCUGAGGCUCCAAAUUCUUAACCUUUGUUCCCUGAAGAGGCUACAAACCAAACAUAGUAACAAAAUCUCUAUUUUCGUUCCUUCACUGGUGCAAACAAAAGAAUCCAGGAGCUCUUUGUACUUGAAUAUCUACGUAUUACAUUGUACUUGUAUUUUCUUUUUUCAGAAGGUAUCCAACAAAGUUUACAUGCAAGGUUUGAGUGGAUUAUAUGUAUUUAAUGUGUAAAUGUGGCUGAGUUGAAGAUGUAUUUAAUUUUCUAGCUGUGGGUGAUGUUUGGUACUGUAGAAUGGGCAGCUGUCUGCACAUUCGUGUGUGUGUGUGUUGAUUUGGGUCUGGUUUUGUUUACUGUCAUUUUGGGAAGAUUUGUAUCUAAUAGCAACCCCAAAAGGAUCUAUUUAUUCAGAACAAAGCUGCACUAGGGAACAUCAGAAGCACAUGGUAACCUGGGGGGCAGCCACACUCACAAGCUCCUCUGAACACGCUGACUUUGGAAACUGUCACCAUGAUCUUUUUAAUUUGGUUUCAGCAGUGAUAUCUGCAAUGUAUCAUAAGGGAAAAGCUCCUCCCUGUUGCUGUAAAAGUUCCCUGGUGGAUUUCUGUCAGACUGGACAAUUGCAAUACACAUUCUUCUGGAAUACUUUUGUGCUUCUUUCUUUCUUUGCCGUCCCCUAGUUUAAUGGAGGUGAAUUUUUGUCCA